CAUGAAAUUGUGUGAGAACGAGAGGAAACAUGGAACAAACCCUUUCUAAGACUCAUGUUAAAACAGCAGUUCAACAGAGUGAACAUGACGCCCCUAAACGAGUGUGUGGAGGCCCGUGUGAUGACACACUGAACACAUCAACAUCUCUGUGUGCUCAAGAGUCACACACACACACACACACAGAGAGAGAGAGAGAGGAAGAGCGCGCGAGCUGAUGCAGCGAGAGCAGGACAGACGCUUCGAAGGGAAGCAGAAACAUCAGACGCUUGAGGAGGAAUCAAAAGAGGAUCUGACAGAAACCAAACCCUGUGUGUUCCCUCUGAAUGGAUGAAUGUGCAGCGGUUUGAGACACUGAAGGAAUUAACCUGCAAAACUAGCUGAAGCCUCCGUGAUCUUCCCCUUGAUCCCUAACAAGAAGAUCACAAUGAGCAGCAUCACCUUCACCAACCACAGCUCCACCAACCGCUCGUGUCCUCUGGAGGAGGAGACCCUGCGCCUCCCGCUGGCCGUGCUGUACUCGCUCAUCUUUCUGUUCGGUCUGGCAGGAAACCUGCUGGCGCUGUGGGUCUUCCUCUUCCUGCACUCGCGCAGAAACUCUGUGCGUGUGUUCCUGAUCAACAUGACGCUGGCGGACCUGGUGCUGCUGGCGUGUCUUCCCUUCCGUGUGCUGUACCACGCUCAGGGGAACGUGUGGUCUCUGGGGCCGCACAUGUGUAAGGCGGUGGGUAACCUGUUCUACAUGAACAUGUACGUCAGCAUCACCCUGAUGGGUCUGAUCAGUCUGGACCGCUAUCUGAAGAUCAUCGGUGUGAAGGGCUCUCAGAGGGGCUGUGGUCAGCGCUGGCUCCGGGGCAGUCGCUGGAGUCUGGUGACCUGUGUUCUGCUGUGGAGCGGCUCUCUGGUGAUGGUGGUGCCUAUGAUUGCGCUGGUGGAGAGAAACGAGGAGACGGGGAAGUGUUUCCAGUACAAGCAGAGAAAGCACGCUAGAGGCAAAGCCUACUUCAAUCUGUUCCUGGUGGCGGUGUUCUGGCUGGUGUUCGUGGUGCUGUUGGUGUCAUACGGACGGAUCGCACGCAGACUGCUGCACGCCUCACGGGACAAACCGGACCUGCCCAACGCCACACGCUACGCUCGCACCGCUAAGAAGUCCUUCGUGGUGCUGCUCCUCUUCACCAUCUGCUUCGUGCCGUAUCACACCUUCAGGGGCUUCUAUGUUUCGUCUCAGCUCCGUGACGUCAGCUGUGAGACGCAGCGGAUCAUGGGUCUCACCAACGAGAUCAUGCUACUGUUCUCGGCCCUCAACAGCUGCCUGGACCCCGUCAUGUACUUCAUGCUCUCGGGCUCGGUGCGCAAGGCCACCGCUCAGGCUUUAUCACAGUUCCUACACCUACACCAGGAGCCCGUGAUGACCAACAGCUCCACCACAGAGUUUCGGAGGACGUCUGUGUCCCACGCCUCCACCGCUGCGGUGCUGACCACGUCCAGGGGCAAUCUGGGACUGAUCCGCUCUAAACCCGGCUUCAGCGCUGACGGAGAGUCCUGUCAAACUGAUCGAGCAGCACCGUGAGACCAAAUGGUUUCACACACACACACACACACACACACACACACACACACUCGAAUGGGAAAUGACUCACUGGUGUGAAACAAUGACUAGCUCAAACUCUGCACAGGAAAGUUCUUGAGACAUCACUUCGGACAGAAUUCGAGAGAUGUACAGCUGGAUUAACACACAUCUGCUCUGAGACUCGAGAUCGGACAGACACAAGUGUCACUGAAAUCUCAUUAAAGUUCAACAGAUGAAGCCUGAGUGGAUGAAGGAUGUCUCCUGCUGGAGGAAGAGAGAUACUGCACCUCCUCUGACUCCUGUCAUCAUUUUACAGUCGCUUUAUAUGUGAAGUGAAGUGAAGUGAAGUGAAGUGAAGUGAAGUGAAGUGACAUUCAGCCAAGUAUUGUGACCCAUACUCAGAAUUUGUGCUCUGCAUUUAACCCAUCCGAAAUGCACACACACAGAGCAGUGAACACACACACACACACUGUGAGCACACACCCGGAGCAGUGUUCAUCAUUUAUGCUGCGGCGCCCGGGGAGCAGUUGGGGGUUCAAUGCCUUGCUCAAGGACACCUAAGUCAUGGUAUUGAAGGUGGAGAGAGAACUGUACAUGCACUCCCCCCACCCACAAUUCUGUCCGGCCCGAGACUAGAACCCACAACCCUUCGAUUGGGAGUCAAACCCUCUAACCAUUAGGCCACGACUUCCCCCUAAAUAUAAAACAGAGCUGUGCAAAAGGAAGUGGUGUGUCAAACACUGGCCAGCGAUAGAUUGAUCUCACAGCACGUUCCUCUGUAAAGAGCGCAGCCGCUGAGUCGGUGAUGUCGUUCAGUGUCCAGCUGACAAUACUCCACCUUUACUCACAGAUGGACGUCACAUUAGAUGUUCUUCUGUGACCAGGAGCUGUUGAAGAUCUGACUUUUCCACUGUUUCUAGAUUCAUGUAGCUCAGACUGUACAGUAAAGUGUAACCAGUGAACGCAUGAGUGAACGUGUCUGCCAAACAAAUAAAAGCAAAUGUCUUUUUAAAAUAUAUUAAACAGGGGAAUAAAGCA